AUGAGCGAUAAUGAAAGCAUACCACGUGUUGAUCUCGGAAUCCUCGCGAAAGUGCCGAAAUGGAGAUUUUACUCUCAUUUGUUUCCGUCAAAAGUCGGCGCGAAACCGGCCUGGCUGUCGUUAAAACCGCUGCCUACUGUCGACAACCUAAAAUGUGGCAUUUGUUCAGAAGUCUGCAUCUUCCUCCUCCAAAUUUACUCCCCACUGAUCGAGAGUGAUGACUCCUUCCAUCGGACGAUUUUCGUUUUCAUCUGUCGGAAUCCUAAUUGUAGCCUGCCUAACGAUUCCCGAAACAUCGUAGUGCUACGUUCUUGUCUGCCUAGAGAGAACCGGUUUUACUCUUACAUUCCCCCUGAUUAUGACUCGGAAACUGCUAAUAGAAGUGCGCCAUCUGAAUGUUAUUAUCAAAGUUUGUGUGCCCUGUGUGGGUGCGUUGGGCAAAAAAAAUGUGGGUCUUGCCAGAGAAUUUAUUAUUGCUGUAAAAGUCACCAGGUACUUGAUUGGAAGGAAGGGCAUAAGGAAGAGUGUGGAGUACUUCAAAUAGGCAGAAAUGAUAAUACCAUUGAGGAAGGAGCAAAGAGUUUUGAGACAGAACUAACGAAAUCAAACUUUUCGGUAGAGGAACUUGAGAAAAUGGCCUUUUCAAAGUCUGACAGAACAUUUGAAAAUUUUAAAAAAAUUGUCAAAGUCCACCCAGAACAAAUGAUUAGGUAUUCUCGUAAAGGAACACCUCUGUGGAUAACUGAUGAGAAUCAAUUGAAUGUCGACGACGUUCCUAAUUGUCAGUACUGUGGAUCCAGGAGGGUAUUUGAAUUUCAGAUUAUGCCGCACCUAGUUUACAAACUCGGACUCGACUCUAUCGGAAAAAGCUUGGACUGGGGUGUCAUCUCGAUCUUUACCUGUGAGAAGAGCUGCACUGAUACUAGCAACAACUACCUCAGAGAGUUUGCUUACAAACAAGAUGUCACUAAUUGA